UUCCUUCAACACUGGAUUAUUGUCAUUAGCAAGAAAAGUUUUGAUACGUAAAUAUCCCGACCACAAGAAAAGGCCGGUGGUGUGAGUGGGUGGGGCAAUGGAGUCCACUCAACCAUGCAUCUCAUGGACCCAAUUAAGAGUGUUCUAACAUAAUUAUACACAUAGAGAUUAUCAUCCGUAUGUAUGUAUGUAUGUAUGUAUGCUGAUUUUGUAUUAUGAUGAAUUUGAAUACAUUUUGUGAUCUUGUGUGUGUGCAUUGGGUGCAUGAUGUGAGAUCAAUUUCAACAUGGUAUGGAGUGUUGUUAACAUGGAGGGUGACAUUGUAUGAGUGUGUGUUGUCUGUAUCUCAGGCAACUGGUCAGAGGGCUAGCAAUAGAGUGGGUGUAGAAUGUUGCUAGGCAAUAUAGCCACAAGUAUGUGUGUACCAUUAUGGUCUAACCAUAAUCAAUACUUUGAUCCUAUGAAUAUUGUUGUGCAUGCAUCACCUGACCUGUCACUGUGAGAGCUGUGAGUCUAUAGCUGCUUUUGCCAAACUUUGAGCUUUUCUUUCUACUACUAAACACUUUUCUAAAGUUUUGUGUCAAUGGCUGAGAGGCCGAGUGCUGCUCAAGAAGCUCUCUCCAAAGUGGAGGACCAGCUGUCAUGCCUAGUCUGUCUGGAGCCCUACACCAACCCUCGACUGCUCUCCUGUUUCCACGUCUACUGUCAACAUUGUCUCGAGGAUAUAGUUACCCACAAUCGACAAGGCCAGCUGGAAUGCCCCAAGUGUCGCCGGCCCACCCCCCUACCUCCCACUGGUGUGAGUGGCCUCCAGGCUGCCUUCAAUGUGCACCAUCUAUUUGACAUCCAGGAAACACUCAAGAAGAUUAAAGAGCCUCAGAAAUUGGCCUGUGAGAAAUGUUCUGUUACCAAUCGUAAAGCCACCAGCUUUUGCCGACAAUGCACCAAGUUCAUCUGCGAGAAGUGUACCGAUAUGCACAAAGAAUGGGACGAGCUCAAGAAUCACGAAAUUGUUACUAUCCAAAAAGUAGAGGGGGAUUUGAUUCGCUUGGUCUCCCCAAAGAAGACGUCCCCUCGCUGCCCUAAACACGACGAGAAAAUGAAACUUUAUUGCGAACCUUGUGGGGAGUUGAUUUGCCGAGAUUGCAUCAUUCAUAUACACAAAGACCACAAGUACUGUGUGAUUGCCGACACCUUUGAGAGCCACAAGAAAGAGAUCCUGGACUCCCUGGGACCCGUUGAGAAACAGCUAGAGGCCACCGACACAGCUCUCGUUAAUCUGGAUGGACGGCAUGCCGAAAUUGUUGAACACGGAGGAAAACUUGCGACCAAUAUCCACUCGAAAUUUAAUGAGAUUCGUCGAGCUGUUGAUGCUCGUGAGGGGGAGCUUAUGGCGGAGUUGGAAGGCCACACCCAACAACAGCUCAAGAGCCUCUCUGCUCAGCGAGAGGAGGUGGAGAUCCUCCAAACCCAACGUAGCAGCUGCCUGCAUUUCGUGAGGGAAAGCAUUCGUACCGGGUCUCCAGGAGACGUGCUGAAGAUGAAGCAAGGUGUGGUGAAGCAAGUGAGAGAGCUGGUGGACACCUUUGACCCCAACACCCUAGAGCCUCGUGAGACAACCAACACCUGUUUUGUGCCUUCUGCUCAGCUAGUCAAAGAGUGCAAAGAAUUUGGAACCAUUGGCAUACCAUCAGUAACUGUCACCCCUACAAAAAGACCCGACAAGACCAGAGUGCAAGUAGUUGCCAGUCUUCAAACUUCAAACAUAAAUCAUCAGCUGAUCCAAAUUCCGUCCUCAACCAUUAAAGUCGAACUUAUAUCAAAAUCAACGAAUCAGACAACACAAUGUAUUGUGAAGGAACGAGGGAAGGGAGAGUACGACAUCUCCUACCAGCCGAUAGUGGGUGGGGCCAGCGAGCUGAUCGUGAGAGUGGGUGGAGAGGAGGUGGCAGGAAGUCCAUUCCCUGUGGCAGUCAAGACUCCGUUCGAUAAACUAGGAACUGUUAUCAAGACUAUCAAUGAUCUCAAAGCACCUGAUGGAGUGGCACUCAACCAAGCUGGGGAGAUAAUUGUGGCUGAACACGAUGCUGGUAUUGUCUCGAUAUUUAGCCCCACAGGAGACAAGCUGCGAACAUUAGACACUCGAGGCACAGCUGUUGGGGAAAUGAAGUAUCCUCGUGGUGUGGCAGUGGACGGUGAUGACAAUAUUCUGGUGGUGGAUUAUGGUAAUCAUCGACCGUUGAAGUUCUCACGUGGAGGAGACCUGAUAGCAGCAGUUGGUAGUCAUGGCGAUGGUCCUGGACAGUUUAACUAUCCUUUUGGUGUUUGUGUCAACAGUGUCAAUGGGAAGGUGUAUAUGGUUGAUAACGGUCUUAACUGUGUUCACAUCUUCAACUCUGACCUCACCUUCUCCAGCAAGCUCGGCAGUGAAGGCAGUGGUAAUGGACAGUUUAACCGUCCCCAUGGCGUUGCAUCCGAUCGUAGUGGUUGUGUGUAUGUGGCUGAUUAUUAUAAUUAUCGAGUGCAAGUCUUCACACCCGAUGGUGGCUAUCUGAGGCAGUUUGGGAAGUAUGGCAGUGGAAAUGGAGAACUUGGCCUCCCUGUCAGCAUCUGUGUGGACAGUGAUGAUCUGGUGUAUGUGGGGGAGUGGGGGAACAAUCGUGUCUCAGUGUUCACGUGUGAGGGAGUGUUUCUCAAGUCGUUUGGAUCAUAUGGAUCUGGACCAGGACAGUUCAACGGUCCUUAUGGCAUAGCAGUAGACCAGUGUGGUGUGGUGUAUGUGUCUGAUCGUGGCAACAAUAGAGUGCAAAUAUUUUCUUAGUUUAUUUUUGUUAUUAAAUUUUGUUGAGUUAUUGUAACAUUGCUAAUGAAUAUUGAAAUUGAAA